AUGUUCAAGUUAACCAUCUCCUCCGUCGUGACCUUAGUCGUCCUUUUUAACCCUUGUGUCAAGGCAAAUAUAAUAAAAAACUCUAAUGCGAAAUUGCAAAAGAGCCGAAAUGGCGAGUGGUUGGAUACAGCUGAGAAAAUUUGGCUGAAUUGGACGGUUAAUGAGGUCACAAAAACGAUAACUUUUGAACUCGAGGCUGAAACCUUGGGUUGGGUGGGGUUCGGAAUUUCUCCACAGGGCGGGAUGACCGGGGCUGAUAUCUUCAUUGCCGGUGUCUUGCCCAACGGGGACCAUUAUUCAUCGGAUCGUCACGCUACGGGAACUGUCGAACCGAUCGUAGACGCGCAUUCAGAUUGGGAGCUUCACGACGCAAGAGAAUCCGGGAAUCGGACAUAUCUUAAAUUUUCCCGAUUAAUUGACACCUGUGAUGAUCAGGACUACCCGAUCGGGAUGGAUAUGACCCGGUUGAUUUGGGCGUUUGGUAUCACGGACGAAAUUGCAUAUCACACAAGUACGAGACGUGGAACCAAAUCGGUAAACUUACGCGGUGCUCUGAUUCCAGAAGUGGAUUUUACCAAGCUAAAAGAACAUAAAAUGGUGCUUGACAUGGUUAUGCCUCCAAGCGACACGUCGUACUGGUGCAGUUUUCACAAAGGUCCAGCACUAGAUAAGAAGCACCACAUUGUAGCCGUGAGUUUAAAUUACAAUUAA